AUGUUAUUUUAUCGGUAAUUGGUCAUGCAUCAAACCGGCAUUAUGAUUUACUCAUUUUAGGUAGUUUUUCUUUUGCUUCUUAUUUCAUAGCAACGACAUUGCCGAUAUAAUAUCUAUAGAAAUUGGAAACUAAGUAAAAGUCAUUCAUAUACCACCUAAAGGUUAGUAUGUUCUAAAUUAUUUAGUUAUGUAAUUCAUGAAUUUUUAGCAGGUCUACUGCGUCUGUCCGAGUUGGUGCGCGAGCCGAGUCAACUGAGUGCCCUGAGUCUAAACUAGUCUAAAGAGUUGAUCAGCUGUACAAUGAUUAAAAUUUAGCUAUAAAAGUUUUCUUUAAUUGUAUGUACCUAUCAAUGUAUACUAGCGCGGGUCGAGAUGGCGGCCAUGGAAAUAGACUCGGGCUGCUUUCUCUGAAUUUACCGAAACGGUAAUAACACGGGCAAGAAUUUGCCUAUUUAGCCUAAUUCUGUGUUACAUGAGUAAAACAAAGUUUUACAAAGUAAGGUCAAACCUGAAAAAAAAAGGAACGAUACAAAACAACGAACAUGUUGACAGCAAGCCUUCGUCAGCGAACAAAAAACAGAAUACACUUUUUAAAAAAUUAGAACCACCUGAACGAUGCUUCUGUGAACUCGACACCGGUCGAAAGCUUCAAGGCUGCCCUGGCAUUAGCCAGGAGCUGAUAGAAUAGCAAAAUCAUAUCCCCAACCGUUGCAAAGAUGCCUGUACAUGGAUGCAGCAACAAAACAUUACCAGAACCAGAACUUAGCUAAAAGGUAGUAUCCGUAGAGUUAGAGUUAGAAGACAGCAAAAGAAUUGUGACAGAAAAUAAGUAGUUAAACGUAAGGUAAGAUAUUAAAUAGGGAGGAGGGAAAGAAAAGAGGAGAAGUUAGUCCACUGCGAUAGGUCGUGAGGGGCUAGGCUCAAGCUGUGAAUAGAGACAUGACGUUCAUGUCAUGUGGUGUCAAGGUUCCAUAGGUCAGGAUAAGCUUGUGUUCCAAAUUCACCCAGCUGGCCCCAGCUGGGCGUGUUUGUGUUACUCACAAUCAGACCAAUUGUAAAGCCCACCAUGCCCUUGAAGUCGCAUCCUGACCUAUGGUUAUGGAACCUUAACAUUUACAGACAGACUCUGUUGUUUGUUCGCUGAGGAAGGCUUCCUGCCGACACAUUCAUUGUUUUGUUGCGUUCCUUUUUUCAGGUUUGACCUUACUUUGUUUUACUCAUUUCCUAUUUUGCUAACCUGAUUGUAGUCUCUCCCCUUAUUACCCUAUUCUGUGUUAACAAUUCAUUAAACUACAUUAUUAUUAUUAUUCUUUAUCAUCAUUAUGAUUAACUUAGUCUUAAUUAACAAGACACAAAACUGACAGGUAGUACUGACCUGUUUUUUGUAAACUUUUGUUGAGUUUGACACACUCAAAACUAGCAUCAAAAGUUUAACUGAACACUUAUUUCAAGUUACCGGUAACUAAGACUACUAAGCAAGAGUGAGUAGGGAGACUGAUGUCAUCACAAUUUGAGUCAAAAAUAAUUUUUUAAAAUUCUUUUUAAUUAAUUCUAAGUGCUAGCUCAAUUUUUUUGUGUACCGGUAUAUUAAUAUAAUAUACACAAAGGGAAGAGCCAGGUCCUCAAGAUCAAUGCCACCAAUACAGCACCCAUCAGGCUCGAAGAGGAAGCACUCUAAGAGGUGGAGAGCUUUGUCUGUUUUGGUAGCAUCCUGGAUAAGCAAGGUGGGACGGAUGCUGAUGUCAAAUAAGGGUUGGGAAGGCACGGGCAGUCUUCCAACAACUCAAGAAUGUUUGGGUCUCCAAACACUUGAGUAACAACCUAAAGAUCAGAACCUUCAACACCAUGGUAAAACCUGUUCUACUAUAUGGUGCAGAGCCAUGGAGAGCCACUGCUGUGAAUAUGAAUAGAAUCCAGUCCUUCAUCAACAACUGCCUAAGAAGGAUUCUCUGGAUUCACUGGCCUGAUAGAAUCAGCAACCAGAAACUUUGACAGCGGACAAAGCAGAAACCGGUAGAACAAGAGAUCCUCCAGAGAAGAUAGAGAUGGAUCGGCCAUACACUCAGGAAACCUUAGAUGUAGUGGCACCCUUUAUUAUAUAUUAAAUAUAAUUAUAUUAUGAGUUAACAUUGUUAAAUCAUCAAACAUUUUUUAUCAUUCAUGUGGGGAUAAAUUAUAAAAUGGUUUGGAUUACUAUUAAUCAUAAUUAAUGUCUAUUAUUAUGCCACUAAAAAAAUUUUUAUUUCUCAUUUCAUUUUAACAUAGUAUAGUCAUGGUAUCAUAGCCUAGCCUACUACAUAUAGUCAUUAUAGUAAAAUAAAAUUGAAAAAGUUAUAGAUUAGCUGUCUUUGACUUUUGACACAAAUUUGAAGCAAUGUUAUAAAUACUCUCUUUUAUCCUAAAGAAAUUAAUAUACUUUAAUGAUGAAUGAGUGAAGUAUGGUAUGCUUAAUAAGUGAAAUAAUGAACAUCACUUCAGAGACUCUUUACUUUUAUUAUACGUUUUUCAUCUUUGCCUUUUUAACUCCCACUGGCCAUCAACAAUUUCAUGUCAAGCCCUCCAGUCUCUCACUCUUACUAUCUUCUCUAACUCUUUUAAUUUUAAUAUAAAUUUUAACUUGUACUUGUAUUCUUAACUUGAAAAUUCCCAACGCUAAAAUGGCAGUCAGUCUAACUCUGCUUUUAUUAUGUUCUGAAAGUUGAUUUUUUUUUUUAAUUUACCAUUUUUAUCUGUAUUUUUUGCUGGUAUUUUUAUUUAUUUACAGUUACAUUUGGGCCAUGGUUAAAUUUAUUGCAACAACCAGUUUGUUCAAAUACACAUGGGAACAAGUAGCGAUUGGUUUAUGGCAGAGAUACCCAAAUCCAAAUAGGUAAGUGCUCAAGAUAUACCAGUAUGAACUUCUUGAUGUUGACUAGAAAAAAAGAAAGACAAAUAAGAUUUCAGAGUUUAUAAAUUUAAGUGUAGCCAAUAUAUACAUGAUCAAGGAUAUCAGUAUUAUUUUAUUUUGCUGUGACUAUUAUAUUAUAUUGCAACCAUAUUUAACCAAAUACAUUUUUAAAAAAUUAAAUACCGGUAAGUGAUAUUUGCUAAAAUUUAGUAAUUGAUGCGAGUAUCUGGAAUGCAUGGUCUGAUUUACUCAAGAUCGCUUUAAAAAGUUGUUUGAUUCCAAUAGUGUAAAUGUGAAGUACGAUAUCAAAAGGUGAUGACAUGCAAAAGAUACUUAGACUUGGAGAUGUUGAGGUUCAACAUCACUUCCCUAGGAUGUCUUCUCUUUAUACUUUUACUGAUUUUUUUUUUCUUUUUUCCCAGCAAACAUGUACUGACAGAAGAUGUUUUAUCAAGAAGCAUUGAGGGAAGCAGAAUAAUUUCGCUACGCAUGCUCACAAAGACCAACAAAAUUCCUAAGUGGGGUGAAAGAAUCGUUGGUAGAGACAAAAAUGUACUCAUUGUGGAAGAGUCAGUUGUUGAUGCAAAUGAAAAAACUGUCACAACAUAUACACGAAACAUAGGCCUUCAGAAAUUUAUGGUAAGAAAUAUUUUUUAAUUUAACUUGAUCAAAUUAAGGCAAUUAUUUUUCAUGUCUGUUUUAACUAGGGAUGUACCAUUUUCUUUAUCCAUUGCCAAAUAGUGCCUUGGCAAAUUAUCCUCAUUCUGCAGAAGCGAAUUGAAACUUUUUAUCAACCUUUGAUAAUUAUAGACUAUAACAGUAAGCUGCAAUUCACUAUCAUUACUAUUGAUUAAACCGAACACACAAAAAGGUGCCUACUUUGUUUUAUAUUAUUCUUUCAUAAUAUUACAAUGUGUAGUGCAUAUUAAUAACAUUAAGUGUUUUGUAAUUUAAAAAAACACAUGCAGCAAGCAAUUUUAAUUAAAUGGUGUCCCUUUGGAGUCACUUAAACUCCCCUUUACUAACACAUGUUAACUUAAAUUAAAUGCAGCAAUGACCUUUAAUCAAAUUUAGAAUCUGUUAAUUAUUAUUUUCAAUUGUAUUCAACAAUUAAGAUAUUUGCCAACAUUACUCUUACAUUUUAAUUCAUCUUAUUUUUUGUUAUUUCUUUAUAAAUAAGAUGAAUAAAAAAAUAACAAAUUUCCAUUUAUUUGGAUCAAUAAAAAUCUUAUCUUAAAUAAUAAAUAUUAGAGUGAGUAAAACUAUAGAUAUUUUUUUAAAUGCAACCUACGUGAAUUUACUAAUACUAUUUAUUGAUAGUUUUAAAAACCCUAAUGUAGCAUUUACUCAAAAUAAUUUGACAUCUUUGUUCAAGCUGAAAAAAAAAGUACAUAUUUUAGUUGCCUACCAGUAUAACAGAAACACAAAAAAAGCCUCAGUAGUUAAUCUUUUUUUUUUCAAACCAUAAUAUUAAUAUUAAAAUUAUAUAAUCUAUUUAUUUUCUAUUGAUCAUAAUUUCUAAAAUUCAGAGCAAUUAAUUCAUUUGACUUGUUUCAUCUAUGUUACACCACUUUUAUGAAGAGAACACUAAAAUCUUUUUAUUUUUUUUAUUAGAGAUACCAUAAUAUUGCUCAAGGGAAGUGCUUAAAAUAUUUACAAAUCAAUUUAUCCAUACCGGUAUUUUAAAAUAUAACAUUAUAACUUUAGGCAGUUCUUUGGAACCAAUAUUACCUUCUUUUGCUGCUCCUUAGGGUGACCUAUCUGGCCACUCAUUAUAGAAGCACAAGGAAUAAAAAAGAAACUUAACCCUCAUAAAAAAACUUUUUUUUUCCAGAGUAUAGAAGAAAAGUGUGUCUACAGGGUCAGUUCAGAAAAUCCCUCUUGGACAACAUGUGAACGAACUGCUUGGGUUUCCUCAUCAUUCUAUGGCGUGGGUAGGGGUCUUGAAGCAUUUGGUGCUAAAAGAUUUCACAGCAAUGCCCACAAGGCAACCCAAGGAUUUGAUUAUGUACUCACUUCAUUGUUUAAAGCAGAUCACUUGAAAGAUCAUCCAUUACUUGUUAGCAGUAAAAUAAAAGACACAGCUCGAAAAGCAGCGGAAAUGGCAAAAUCCAAAGCAGCACCGUUGUUGCCAAGAACAUCUCCAUCUUAAUUUCUAUUAUUUAUUGAAGACCAGGACCAUUUAACAAUUAUUCCAAAUAUUUACAUGAAAAUACACGUGGUUUAAAAAGAGUGAAGCCAGGAAUUCUUCUAAAUAUUUUUUUGUCCACAUAAUAAAUUUCUACCAGCUGUUAUGGUUUGCUGGCUUCUGAAUUUGAAUAUUGACUCUUUGAAGUAGACUAUAUCAAAGCUUAGCUUACCUAUUUAGUUUAGUUCAAGUUUUUUUAAACCAAAUUUACUUAUUCCUUGCGCUUAUUAAUUUUCUUUUUUGAACUGUUCAAAGUCAAAUUCCUC